AUAAACAACAACAACAACGAGCAGUUGUAACCUGAUGGAUGCAAGCCCAUUGCCUCCCCACCCAUCAUUCCAAGACGAGUCAGUUGCUAGAGCGUACAGCAGAUGCCGGGAGCUGGAAAAGACCUUAGCCAUGGAGGCCAGGGUGCUGGGAUAUCUUCUUUUGCUUGCUCCUGAAGAAGAGGGUCGGCGAUACCUGGCAUCUGAGAUCAAUCCUGAUCCAGUGGAUGAUUCUGGCAAUAAAACAGAUGACAGUGUUGUUCGUGGCGAUGAGACCCUUUGUUUGUUGGCAAAACUUUAUAUUGCUGCCUUCAUCCGUUGUUUCAGGUCCGCAAAAGGGCCAACGCCGGACCCCUCGCUUCAUCCUAGUCACAUCUCUUUCGAAGGCAAUGUUGUUGAACUUUCCUACAAACUUAUGGAGCCGCCUUCUUCCCAUCAGAUGGCAAAGCAUAAGGCUAUACGGAGAGAUGGUGGUCGUUGUGUUGCAACGGGCAAAUAUGAUCUUCUAACGGCUCAAUCUGACGCAUCUUCUCUGGAGUUCAAAAUCCCACCUGAUGCGCCAUGCUGUAUGACGGAGGCUGCUCUCAUAUUUCCAUCGUCGAUCAAUCGAAAUAUUGCAGGAGGGAAUGAGGGUGCCGCAAAGAAUGAUUGGGCAGCGUCUGUUUGGGCAGUCAUGGAGCAUUUUGGUAAUGUUCGAGUUUUAGACGAACUGAAUGGGGAUAAUAUACAUCGAUUGGAGAAUGUGCUCACGCUUUCUCAUGACAUCCAUUCUGCAUUUGAUCAGCUCAAGUUUUGGUUCGAAGCCACGAAUGCCAAUGCAAAUGAGUAUCGCCUGAGGACCCUGUGGUCCAGGCUGAUGGUCGACAAGGAUACAAUAGUUACCUUGACAACGCCUGACCCACAGUGUCUUCCCCUCCCUUCACCUAAAUAUCUUGCAUUGCAUGCUGCAUGCUGUAAGGUCGCCCAUCUCUCUGGAGCAGCUGAGCACAUUGACAGAUGCUUUAGGGAUUUGGAUGGAAUGAGAGUGUUGGCAGAAGAUGGGUCGAAUGUAGAUGUUUUGAUGUUUGUGUUGGAGGGUAUCACUGUAUGAGUG